AUGUCCGGCUUCCAGCACCUCGCCGAUAAGAUGCUCCGCUCCAGCAGCCGCAGCCCAGGCAAGCAUCGCGACAGCAAGCACAGCGACAGCGACCACGGCGCCGCCGCCGCACCCGCACCCAUCCACUACUCCUCACGCAUCACCGCAACCCGUACCCACCACGGCACCGUCGGCGGCGGCCACCACCAUCGUAACCACUUCUCACCCAUCGUCGGCGCGACACCCUCCAUCACGACCAGCCACAGCGACGACACGCACUACUCCUCCACCCACAGCCUCCUCAUCCCCGACAACAACAAGAAAACCGCCUUCACCGCCUUCACCGCCUCCUCCCGCAUCCCCGCGUCCGCACCGUCGCGCCAGUCCGUCCUGCUCGAGCUCGAGGCCAAGCGCAGCAAGGUCAAGCAGCUGGAGGCCACCGUCGAGCGCCAGCAGCGCGCCAUCGCGGCGCUGAACGACCGCGUCGAGAAGCAGGGCCGCGACAACGCGAAUAGUGCGCUGGCCACGCGCGCGCUGUACGCUGAGCUGGAGGCGCAGACGAAGUGGGUCGAGGGCUUGGAUCUGGAGGCGAGGAUGCAGGUGAGGAGGGGGAGGGGGUUGUUGGAGAAGUUUGCGCAUUUGAGGGCGGUUGGGGCGGAUGGGAGGGGGGAGGGGGGGAAGGGGAAGUGA